GUCAGAACGACGACAACGCCAUUAUUAUAAAUGCAGCGGUAUAAACUGUGUUUUCCGGAUUAAAAUUCUAACCACAAUCAUGUCCCUCGGUAGUCUCACCAGCACCUACCAUCGCGAUACAUACCCUGCUAUUUCCCCGUCCAAUGACUAUCUCAGUCAGGCCGGCAAGACAGUGCUCAUCACAGGAGGCGGGGGCGGAAUAGGUUUCGAAACCGCGCGGUCUUUCGCUAAAGCCAAGGCUUCCAGAAUCAUUAUUAUGGGUCGCAGGAGCUCCGUCUUGGACGUUGCAGCAGCCAAGCUCCGAGAAGAGUUCAAUAACUCAACGACUGAAUUUAUCGCUCACCAGGGAGACAUCAGUGAUGACUCGUCCGUGACAUCCCUAUGGGAUUCUCUGCAUUCCCGAAAUAUUUUUGUCCACGUAUUGGUCCUCAAUGCGGCCGAGUUCUACCCAUCGGGACCCGAUACGUUCAAAAUGGACAAGCGAGAGCUCAUGAAAGCCUUCGAUGUCAACGUGGGGGGAAAUUUCUCCAUGUCGGUGAAGUUCGUAAGCCAGCCGCUACGUCCGGUAGGCCAACAACUCAAUCUGGUCAAUGUCUCGACGGCGGCCAUUCAGACCUACCGAGUGCCGAACCAGAAUCCAUACUCGACCUCCAAAGCGGCGUUCACUGCGCUUGUUGGAAGAAUCGCUGACGAACACCCCGUUGAGGACGUGCAGAUAAUUUCCUUUCAUCCAGGGGUGCUAUACUCGGAAAGCGCCUCUGCAUCCUUUGACAAAAAUGCUAUCAAUUGGGAUGAAAUGGCUUUACCAGCAGACUAUGCCGUCUGGGCAGCAUCCCCAGAGGCGUCCUGGCUUCAUGGUCGUUUUGUUUGGGCACAUUGGGAUGUGGAUGAAUUGAAAGCGGACAAGAACAUCUUGAAACGAUUAGAAGAGGAAAAGGGCUUUUUGAAAGUUGCAAUCCAAGGAUUGCCCGAAGUCUCCUUGGAUGGAUACUUUAUAAAGAAUUAGGCUUAUCUGGUCGGUAGACUGUGUAACAACAAUCAUGGGUUUCAUGUACGAUAUCACUGAAAAAUGAACUAGUCUGUGUUCGUCCUCUAAUUAUCGCUAAUCAACAAUAUUCAUAUCUGGAUACAGACGUCACCUCUAGAAGCCAGAGAAUCGAUCGUUCCCCUUCAUAUUUUGGCCUUUAGCGGCAGCUUCAAUACCGCAUGCUGCAUGACUUCGUAGUUUGUGUUAAACAGCGAAUCACUCGGCACAGCGACAACAUGCGAGCUCAGAUUCGACGCGUCAACCAUUUCGCGUACAACGUCUUUGAUAGUUGGAGCUCCCAGUAAUCGCAUGUUCAUCUCGAAUUCAUCCUAACAAAAGGUAUAGGAGAAAGAGGUUGGGUCAGGGAAUUAAACAGUGGUAGCAUCCCUGAAUGAAGGAGCAC